AUGGGAAUACUUCGAUCAAGUCAAAAAUGGACAUUGACCAUUCUUAUUUUAUUGGUAUCGAUUUUGAUUAUCACAAAUGCGAGAGCUUCGCCAAUUUCCAAUAUAAUAAUGGGAAAUGCAAUGCAAAAACGACAAGUUAAAGAACCAGCGACUCCAAAAGAUAAUCCCAAGCAAGAUGCGCCUAAACAAGAUACUCCGAAACCGAAACAAGAUGACACUCCUAAACAAGAUACUCCAAAACAAGAUGACACUCCGAAACAAGAUGACAAUCCAAAACAAGUAGAUAAACCUAAGCAAGAUGAUACCCCGAAACAAAAUGACCCUCCGAAGCAAGAUGACACCCCCAAGCAAGAUGAUACUCCGAAACAAGAUGACACUCCGAAACAAGAUGACAAUCCAAAACAAGUAGAUAAACCUAAGCAAGAUGACACUCCGAAACAAAAUGACCCUCCCAAGCAAGAUGAAACGCCCAAGCAAGAUGACGCUCCGAAACAAGACGAUACCCCGAAGCAACCCGAUACCCCCAAGCAACCCAAUCAAGACGAUACCCCAAAGCAACCUAUACAAGAUUCUCCAAAACAAGAUGAUACCCCGAAACAAGUAGAAACACCCAAGCAAGAUGACACUCCGAAACAAAAUGACCCUCCAGAACAAGUAGACAACCCCAAACAAGAUGAAACCCCGAAGCAAGUAGAAACCCCCAAGCAAGAUGACACUCCGAAACAAGUUGAAACCCCCAAACAAGAUGACACUCCGAAACAA